GGCAGAGCAAACAGGGAGGCUCGUGCGCUGUAGCUGGAAUAGCAUCCAGUCAGCAACGUCUUCUUUCGCGUUUCUUCCUGGAUGUUUAGUGUAUUUGUCGCCGGUGCUGCGUCGAAUUUGACUCCCAGCAGAAAGAGACACAAAAGGUAGAAUGCAGCAAGUUGAGAUUGAGAUGCUGCUUGAUGAUCAACAUGGGCGGUGAGGAUCACCUCCCAACAACAAACAUCGCAGCCCCACAAAUGGACAACAAUGCCUAACCUCCCCUCCUGAUCCUCGCCUGGGCCCCUGGAACCAUCCCAGAGUUUAAUCACAGCCCCAGUGUCCUCCAACUGGCUGUCUUGUGAGCAUGGCUACCCCUUUCCUGUGGAAGCUGUCAUCCCAGAAGCUGGGAUUCUUCCUGGUCAGCUUUGGGUUCAUCUGGGGAAUGAUGCUGCUACACUUCACCAUACAGCAGCGGGCCAGCCAUGAGAACAGCGCUAUGCUCCGGCAGCAGAUCCUGGACCUCAGCAAGCGCUACAUCAAAGCACUGGCUGAGGAGAACCAAAGUGUCAUGGAUGGACCCUAUGUUGGCACCAUGACAGCUUAUGACCUGAAGAAGACCCUUGCAGUGCUGUUGGAUAACAUCAUGCUGAGGCUAGCCAAGCUGGAGUCCAAGGUAGAAAACAUCUACAACGGCACAGGGAGUAAUCUGACCAACGGCUCCAGCCUCUCCACACCCAGCUCCACCAAUUCAGAAAAAGUCAAUGUGGCAGAUCUUCUAAAUGGAGCCCAGGAAAAGUGUGAGCUGCCGCCUUUGGAUGGCUUUCCUCACUGCGAGGGCAAGAUCAAGUGGAUGAAGGAGAUGUGGCGCUCAGACUCCUGCUAUUCGAGUUAUGGUGUGGAUGGAUCCACUUGCUCCUUCUUCAUUUACCUCAGUGAGGUGGAGAACUGGUGUCCCCGACUGCCUUGGAGGACAAAGAGCUUGAAUGAAGACAUUGAUAGGAGGGGGCAGGCAGAAAUCCGGACCAGUUUUGAAGAGCUGUACCGUAUGAUGUCGAAGCGGGAGGAGUUCCGCUGGAUGAUGCUGAGGAUCAAACGCAUGGCUGAGCCAUGGGUCCGUGCCAUUCGAUCGCUGGCUGCCAAGCAGAACUUGACCAAGCGGAGGAGAAAGAAGGUCCUCGUCCAUUUGGGUCUGCUAACCAAAGAGUCAGGCUUCAAGAUCGCAGAAAACGCCUUUAGCGGUGGCCCUCUGGGCGAAUUGGUCCAGUGGAGUGAUCUCAUAACCACGCUGUACCUGCUAGGUCACGACAUCCGCAUCUCUGCUUCCCUGGCUGAGCUCAAAGAGAUCAUGCGGAGGGUAAUGGGAAAUAAGUCCAGUUGUCCCACUCAAGGUGAUAAAGUUGUUGAACUCAUCUACAUUGACAUUGUGGGCCUCACCCAGUUUAAGAAGACGCUGGGACCUUCGUGGGUCCAUUAUCAGUGCAUGUUGAGGGUGCUGGAUUCAUUUGGGACGGAACCAGAGUUCAAUCACGCCCAUUAUGCCCAGUCCAAAGGUCACAAGACACCUUGGGGGAAGUGGAACCUUAAUCCUCAGCAGUUCAACACCAUGUUUCCUCACACUCCAGACAACAGCUUCCUGGGCUUUGUAGUGGAGCAGCACCUCAAUGCCAGCGACAUCAAGCACAUUGAUGAUAUCAAGAGACAAAACCAAUCUCUAGUCUACGGCAAGGUCGACAAUUUCUGGAAGGACAAGAAGAACUACCUGGACAUCAUCCACAGCUACAUGGAAAUACACGGCACCGUGCACGGCACCAGCACUGUGCACCUCCCAAGCUACGUAAGGAACCACGGCAUCCUGAGCGGCCGAGACUUGCAGUUUCUCCUCCGAGAAACCAAGUUGUUUGUGGGUCUGUCUUUCCCCUAUGAGGGUCCCGCCCCCCUGGAGGCCAUCGCCAAUGGUUGUGCGUUCCUCAACCCCAAGUUCAACCCACCAAAGAGCAGCAAGAACACCGACUUCUUCAAGGGCAAACCCACCGUGAGAGAGUUGACGUCGCAGCAUCCCUACGCUGAGGUUUACAUUGGUCAACCCCACGUGUGGACCGUGGAUAUUGACAAUUCUGCCGAAGUAGAAAGAGCCAUUCGCUCCAUCCUCAGCCAAAAGAUUGAGCCUUAUUUGCCAUAUGAGUUCACCUGUGAGGGUAUGCUGCAGAGAGUUAACGCCUUCAUUGAAAACCAGGACUUCUGUCACGGCCAAGUGAUGUGGCCUCCGCUCAGUGCGCUGCAGGUGAAAAUGGCAGAGCCAGGACGCUCCUGUAAGCAGGUGUGCCAGGAGCAGCAGCUCAUCUGUGAGCCCUCCUUCUUUCAACACCUCAAUAAUGACAAGGACCUGGCCAGGUUUGGCGUGGACUGCCAGACAGUGGAGUCGAGCGCGGACACCGUGGUCCCGGCCUACAGCGAGAUCCGCCACCACUGUAUCUUUCAGUCCGACCUGCUGCUCUUCAGCUGUGCCGGCGCCCACCAGUCGCUUAAGCGUAUCUGCCCCUGCCGUGACUACAUGAAAGGCCAGGUGGCACUGUGCAAAAACUGCCUAUAGCAGGGGCGGCGCGCAUCCCGAUAGGAGGCAACGCCAGGGAGGAGAUCCGCUUCCGACGUCUAAAUAGAUGGAGUGGAUGUGUGUUUAAAGGACUGCCGCGCCAGAUCGAACCCACUCUUGACUCCUCCGUGGGAGGCUGUUUGGACAGAAAAACACAAGACUGUGUGUUGUCAUAUUUAUUGUUUAGUUGGCACCUCUUCAGGAACAUUCCAGAAGUGGUGUAACAAUACUUGAAUCAACAAAAGGGAGUCAACUUUGACUUUUGUGCAGCACAUAUCAGUGAGUGGCUGCCUUUUGUCUCCAGGCUGAGCAGUGCAACAAAGCACCAAGGAGACUCCAGCUAACUAAUCCCACCCGACUCGCCCGUUCCUUCCAUCCUCCUCCCCCUUUCCCCUUCAUUCCUUAUGUAGGUUGACACUGGAAGACCCACACCGCCGACACAAAGGGGCGUGUCCCGUACAAAACAGAUGGCUAGUUUUACACUGUAACCAACUUCUGUACAAAAGUGAUCAAAGUGAGCUAUUGAAUAGAGUUUAGAUUUUUAUUCUGGAAGUUUUAGCAUUUCCUGAUAUGGGCAUCCUCUGGGUUACCCUUACCAGACAGAAAUGUCCAGUUUUGGAUAUUUUGCUGUGGAGUUUUUUUUUUUUUUUCAAUUAAUUCACAAGUUGCACACUAAACUUAAACAAGACAUUUUUAUAUGAACAUGUAGAGCGGACGCAUAGUCUGUCUUACAUCCAGUAGAGGCCGGUAGGUUUCUAGAGAUGGUUCAGCUUUUACACACGGUGCAGGACCUAGAGGGCCCUGCAUCUCUGUAGCGUAGUCACCCCGUGGCAGGAUUAUUAUUCAUAUUCAUUCAUACUCAGUGUUUCCCAUACAUUAAUUUAUCUGAGGCGGCUUGCCACGAAUAAAUUCGGACCACUACAAAUAGAUCCUGUUCCAGUGGUAUGAAAAAGUGUUUGCCCCCUUCCUGAUUUCUUUUUUUUUUUUUUUUUUGCAUGUUUGUCACAGUUUAAUGUUUCAGAUCAUCAAACUAAUUCAAAUAUUAGUCAAUGACAACACAACUGAUCACAAAAUGCAGCUUUUAAAUGAAACUUAUUAUUAAGGGAGAAAAAUAAUCCAAACCUACAUAGCCCUGUGUGGAAAAGUGAUUGCCCCCGAAACCUAAUAACUGGUUGGGCCACCCUUAGCAGCAACAACUGCAAUCAAGCGUUAGCAAUAACUUGCAAUGAGUCUCUUACAGCACUGUGGAGGAAUUUUGGCCCACUCAUCUUUGCAGAAUUGUUGUAAUUCAGCCACAUUGGAGGGUUUUCCAGCAUGAAGCACCUUUUUAAGGUCAUGCCACAGCAUCUCAAUAGGAUUCAGAUCAGGACUUUGACUAGGCCACUCCAAAGUCUUCAUUUUGUUUUUCUUCAGCCAUUCAGAGGUGGACUUGCUGGUGUGUUUUGGAUCAUUGUCCUGCUGCAGAACCCAAGUUGGUUUCAGCUUGAGAUCACCAAAGGAUGGCCGGACAUUUGUUGGUGGACAGCAGAAUUCAUGGUUCCAUUUAUCACAGCAAAACAGCCCCAGACCAUCACACUACCACCACCAUAUUUUACCGUUGGUGUGAUGUUUCCACUUUCCAAAACGUUCAACUUUUGUCUCGUCAGACCACAGAGUAUUUUCCCAAAGGUCUUGGGUGUCAUCAAGAUGUUUUCUGGCAAAAUUGGAUGUUGUUGUGGGGUCUUUUGUGACCUCUUGGGUGAGUCGUCGCUGCGCUUUAGGGGUAAUUUUGGUUGGCUGGCCACUCCUGGGAAGGUUCACCACUGUUCCAUGUUUUCGCCAUUUGUGGAUAAUGGCUCUCACUGUGGUUCGCUGGAGUCCCAAAGCUUUAGACAUGGAUUUAUAACCUUUUUCAGACUGAUAGAUCUCAAUCGGUUAUGUUUUAAUGGGGGGGCAAUCCCUUUUUCACACAGGGCCAUGUAGGUUUGGAUUUUUUUUCUCCCUUAAUGAUAAAAAGUUUCAUUUAAAAACAGCAUUUUGUGUUCAGUUGUGUUGUCAUUGACUAAUAUUUAAAUUUGUUUGAUGAAACAUUUAAAAAAUAACAAAUCAGGAAGCGGCAAACACUUUUUCACACCGCUGUCGAUUCACUUGUAAAAACAUUCAAAUGGGGCCGUGCGUGUCUUGUCGUUCCAAACCCGUACAGUAGAUGGCAUCGUAACUGUUUCUCAACACGCCUCGAGUGCAAACUGGUCUGCCAGAGAACACUUAAGACGUAGCAGGAGGGAUCAGUGUUGCCAACUUAUUAUUCAGACCCUUCUAGAUGCUCUUUUUCAAAAGAACGUCAAAUCUAGCGACUUUUUCUGCUCUUAUUGGACACUUUUGGAGACUAACUCUGCGAGUGCGUUCACCAUGGGCUGCUCUGUCUUGUGGAAAAAAAACACAAAAACAACCGACAUAUUUAUUUUGCUUUUUAUGUUUUUUUCGCUCACUGUUUGCAACAGCCCCCCAUAUGCAACCCCUCCCCACGCCAACCCACCACAAAUAGAUCGCAGUCCUGCGGGAAACACUGUCGCUUCUUCAGUUUCGUUGUCUGAGCUGGCCUAGGGCGAAAGUGAGGUGCACCCUGGGAAAAGAAAAGAUGAAUAUGUCACAUGAUCCGAGGUGAUUGCAGUCAGCAGCGGUGAUCGUCUUGAAAUGCAACCGAAAUGUUGCCUUCACCUCGUUCUCAAGUGAUUGCGUAUUACUUCAUUUCAAAUUGAUCGGCUCCCAGUUUGGCUGCACACAGCAAUAACAAACAAGUCUGGAAUAUUGUGGGGGGGGAGGCGGAAAGUGCACUACAUUUAUAUUUAAAUACAUUUAAAAAUAUUAACGUUGUAUAUUAUUUGUAUUGGUUUGAAGGUUUUUUCUUUAAUUUAUUUUGUAUACAAAUUUGGAUCUCUUUGUGUUUUUGCUCCUUAUGUUUAUUUAUAAGAGGGGUGUCUUAUUUAUGCAGAGUAAUUUAAAUUAAAAUUGAAAAAAGUACAUAUUUAGUAUGACCGCCAGGGGGAGGCAUUGUAUUCUUCUAAUGGCUUGAGCAGUAAAGUAGAGGUCCUGUAGAUUUAUAGCCAUACCCAUCUUUUGUGGAGUUUUACAUCACUUUUAUGAUUGUGAUGACAUGCUGAGUUGCUUUGACCACGGUGGAUUUCCUUCCUCAUUAUCGUCGUUUGUCUUUAAAGCAGACGGUGGCAAACAAAAGUGUGCUUUUGAUUUACUGUGACAGCCAGCAGGAGUUUCAUAGCCAAGCUCUCAAGUGGCCAAACUUUGGACAUGUCCAGCUACGUGGCCUCUGACACAGACUGUUUUUAAGUUCACUCUCUUUUUUUUUUUUUUUUUUUUAUUUCCUUUCGAACAAGCCAGUGGCUUUAGUGUGUCAGAGAGCAUGAUGACGUGCCUUUUUAUGAUUCUAUUUUUUUUCUUUAUGGUAGGUUCGCAACCUUUAGCCCUAACAUCGGCUGAUUUCUGUUGGUGUAUCGAACUCAAAUCACUUUUUUGUCCAGUUUGUAUCAGUCUUUAUUCGUGCAGGGGUGUCCAAAGUGCAGCCCGGGGGCCUUUUGUGACCCGCAGCACAUUCUAUCUAUAUAAAACAGCAAAAAUGGAAAAAUCUGCAGUAAUUUUACAAGAAUAAAGUCAAAAUAUUAAGAGAAAAAAGUUGGAAUAUUAGUGCAGGGGUGUCCAAAGUGCAGCCUAGGGGCCUUUUGUGACCCGCAGCACAUUCUAACUAUAUAAAACAGAAAAAAUGGAAAAAUCUGCAGUAAUUUUACAAAAAGAAAGUCAAAAUAUUAAAAGAAGAAAGUUGGAAUCUAACAAGAAAAUCAUAAUUUUCAGAAAAUAAAAUAUGAGGAAACAUUUUAAUAGCAUAAAGUUGAAAUAUGAAAAAAAAAAAAAAGGCCGUUGGAAAAUUAGGUUGCGGAAAAAGUUAGUCCUAAUUAUGAGAGGGACAUUCACAAGAAGAAAGUUGAUGCAACGGAAAAAGGCAGCUGCAGUUUUGUGAGAAUAAAGUCAGAAUAUUAAGAGGGAAAAAGUUGCAAAUUUACGGGAUUAAACUCGUAACAUUAUGAGGGAAAAUGUCAUUUUAGUGGCAUAGAGUUGAAAUGAUUAAGAAAAAAGUAAUUCAAAGUCACAAUAUGAGGAAAAAUGUCACUUUUGAAAAAUUAAGGGUAAAAUAAUAUUACGAGAACAAUCCAAAUCUUAUGGGAAUGAAGUCAUAAUAUCAUGAAAAGAAAAUUGACAAUUUAAGAAGAAAGCUGAAAUAUGUGGAAAAUUUAAAAAAAUGGUAAAAAAAAAAAAAAAACAGCGAAGGUCGUACUAAUAAUAAGCUUUUUCACCUACAUCACAAAGCUGAGAUGCCGUUUUCUCUUGAAGUAUACAUCAAUAUAUAUAUCAGCAUAUUGCUUUACAAAAAAUCCAAGUGCUGUUGCAUCCUUUCAUUUUUCACUAUGUGACUCUUGGUGGAAAAAGUUUGGACACCCCUGUAUUAUUAGUGUGACAGCUCAAUGACAGGAUCAUACAGUGUUCCCUCGUGCCAUCGCAGUUCACCUUUUGCGGACUCACUGUUUUGCUCAUUUUUAUUGUGCCAUUUUAGUUUGUUUUUUUUUACACAGCGUAUGAAUGCUGUUAGCGGCCGAGCCUGGCCCCUUAAGAAGAAUUGCAUUGUGGGAAGUUGAGUGUUGUAGUUCUGUGCUUUAGCACAGGCAGCAGUGUCUCUCUAUUCUCGCUCUUCUGUCUGCACCGCCCAUUGUCUUCUGUGUCCUGAUUGGUUGACAAUGGUCUACAUCCAAUCUCCUUCGUGCCGUCUCUUGUUGUGGUCAUGGCACCAAACUAGCUAACCGCCAAUACUGUCAACAGUAGAAGGAACAGACGAAGCUAACCGUGUGAGGAAAAUACAACGACAGGAGCGAUAUGUUUUAACAAGGACACAGAAACACUACAGCCGAACGGCACCGGGACGAAGAGGCGCGGUCAUAUGAGUGAAAUACGCCUGAGUCACUUCAUUUCUUCGUAAGUUGAUCAUUAAGAUAAAAACGAAAUUUGAACUUUGAGAGUGUUGAAACGAGAGAGAAGUGUGCUGGAUUGUUAAUGCCUGUCUGAGAAAAGUGUAUAAAGUGUGUGGUGAAGGGCUUUACAGCCUUAAAACAUAUACUGUAUAACAGUAAUAUCAAAUAUAGCUGGCUACUUCGCGGAUUUCACUUGUUGUGGGUCAUUUUGGGAACCUGUCCCCCGCGAUAAACGAGGGAACACUGUACUGUUAGUGACUUGUAGUCAUUGAUUUAGCGCCAAUGUUCUCUGGUUUUCCAAAUAAAGUUAGCACUGUGUAGUAA